AUGGUGGCACAACUCAAGCAAUUGUCCUCACAAAUUCAACGGUUGAAACAUGUUGAGUUCACUCAUUCCAAGACUGUCCGGUUGACUUUCAAGGGCGAAGCUGACACCCACGGUGCCAAGAUAGUUGUGGAUGACAAGAUCGUUGUGGAUGACGGUGGUGGUGGUGGUGGAGGAGCUGCCCCGUGUCGUGGUGGUGGUGGUGGUCAUCAUGUGGUGCCCCAUGGCUGCCAUGAUGGGGCUUGUGGUAGUGGUAGUCAUCAUGGACUACCUAGGAACGUUUGUGCUAUGCACAACCAAUGCGGUGGCGGGUACUGGCCACCACCGCCAUGUGGGUGCAUUCCUCCACCGCCCCCGCCGCCUCCAAGGCCAAGCUGGAACUAUCCGUCAGGGCCACAGUAUGUACCAAAUUAUGAUCCAAGUGCACCUCCUGCGCCAGUUGGAUACCCAUACCACAGCCACUUCAGUGAUGAUAAUGUGAAUAGUUGCGUCGUGAUGUGA